UUACAGCUUUGGUGGUACGCCCGGGUCGGCGAAUUCAAUGCAGCCAAUCAGCAGAGCCAGUGAAGCAAAGCACUUACACCUCAGCAUUAGAAUAACUCGGUCCGCUAUCGCUCGAUGCUCAUUACGAGGAACACCGCAGCCACGGGCUGAGGGAAAAUAACAUGUUUUGACCUGUUAAAGAUCCUUUGGGUCACACCCUGAGGCAAACUCCCACCCACCAAAAAAUUGGUUUGGGGGCAGGAAUAAUUUGGUUGUGAAUCAAUUCCAGUACCUCCUAUUUAAACUAUGCCAUGGAUUAGUGGACAUCUGUGCCUUUCCCCCCCAAAGGUAGCCAAUGACCUGCUUCAGGAUUGAUCGUUUUGCAAAGCAAGCUUCUGCAGGUCAUUUUGGAUCAGAGACCACAGUCUUUCACUUUAAACAUAAAGGCUACUCUGUUUUGUUUUUUUUUUGUUUUGUUUUUUUACAGGCUUGACCAAUUUCAGCCUAUUCUGAUGCUGAGCACUUUUAAAUUUACAUCAGUUUCUGAGAGUUUGUAUUCCCCCAUUACUUCACUUACUUCACUUUAAGAUUUUGUGCUGUGAUUUAUAUGAUCACAAAGACCACGAACUAGUACUACUUGCAGUCUUCUUAAUCCGUAUAAAUGAGGACAAUCUGAAUAAUAUUACAGAAAAAGACAUAACAUAUCUGCCUAUUCCUCAAAGGCUGUGGAGGCCAUUGCCAUUUUAAAACAUCUAUUGAUUCUCCCCCCCCCCCCCCCCCAACAUGUUUUUCAGAGCAUCGACUUGUUCUUCAUGUCUCUCACAGCAGAAUAUUUCCUCUCCGUGCGACUUUCUCAUUCUCUCUCACGGGGCUGAGAACCUUCAAUGUUUUCAUGCUGUAUUAAAUAUAAUAUUUUGAAAAGAGAAAAACCAGUAAUUGGUGGUGACUAGCCUCUCGUUCUCUAGUGGGGGUUUGAACUCAGAGUUACACACAAAUAAUGAAAGGUUUGGAGACUGCCAUUUGGAUUGUGAACCUUUGUAGCUACUGUAAGUCUGAAUGUCAGUGUUUGCAGUGACCUGUAGACCGUAGCAUUAUCCCACAGAAAUGCUAAUAAGCUGGUUUGUCUCAGGAGAUUGCUCAAUACUAUGCAAACGAACUGAAUUAGUCGAUGCCCUGUCGCAGUGUUUGUGUUUAUUUUCAUCAGAGCAGACGAGAGUACAACACUUACUGUUCCAUUUUCAAUUUUGAAAUUUUUUUUAUAUGGUACAUAUUAUAGUGAAUACAUUUUAUUUACUGCAGGACUUAUAGGAGAAUGUGUCCAACUGUUUAUGAAUGAGAAUGCUGGCUUUUUCUUUUUUUAUUUCUCAUUUUGUUAUGCUCUGUUGUAUUAGCGUUCUUCCAGAGAAGAACGCAGGAUAAGACUUAGCAACUGAGUCUGUCAGGAAUCAACUCAAGACCGUGGGCUGGAUCGAUGUACUGCGAGCAAUGCUUUAGUUUGGCUGGAUAAGGGCGACAGUGUUGUUUAAUGGUUUAAAAACUGACCUUGUAACGUAAAGGUUGCAGGUUCAAUUCCCAGGUAGGACACUGCUGUUGUAGCCUUGAGCAAGGUAUAUCCAGCUGUUUAAAUGGAUGCUACGUAUGAACUGCAAAAAGCUGUGAAAGUCGCUCUGGGUAAUAGUGUCUGCUAAGGUCCGUAAUGUAAAUGUAAUUUAUGAUUCCUGUCCGCUGCAAACAGCAUGCUUUAGUUUUCAGUUUUAACAUUUCUUCAUAUUAAGGCCACAGUUGACAGUGUAAAUUGUGGUUUCACAGCACAGAACUGAUUUGAGGAGACUAACUUGAUAUGUGUAAUGAAAAGUAUUGAAAUGUGCUUUUUGAAUAAGCUCUGCAAUUGAGCAGGUGGAUUGAGUUUUUUUAUUUUUUUGUGUGGCAAAGCCAUUAAACAGCAAUAUGCAUUAGAAGUAAUGUUAAUUUGUGUUUUAAUAAUAUACUGUAAGAAUGGUGUUCUUAACAGCUCAUCUCAUUUUUUGAUUGUUUGCCCAUGUUUGUGCGUGCUUGUGUUUGUUUGUUUGUUUGUUUGUUUAUGUGUGUGUGUGUGUGUGUGCGUAUUGUGUACAUAUGAAUGCAUUCACAAGAUGAGAUAUGAUUGGCUUAGAAGAGUUCAGUCAGCUAAGUCAUCACAGAUUUGCGCGGGCUCUCUCUCUCUCGCUCUCUCUCUCUCUCUCUCUCUCUCUCUCUCCGCACACAUGGACGUGCACAUACAUAUACACACAUGCUCCCUUGGAGCAGACAACUUUCUGUCAGCGCGCAGUAGGGAAGCUUUCCCUCCUGUCUCUCUCUUCUCUCUCUCCUCUCUCUCCUCUCUCUCUCCCUCACUCUCACUCCACAGCAGGGGGGGGGGAAAGUAGCGCCUGGGGUCUCGUGGAACCGCAGACCCAGGACCGGUCUGGCAUUUCUCUUUUCUCUUUUUUUUUCCCUCUUCUUUUUUUUUUUUUCUUUUCCGUCCAUCGCCCAGCCGUUUCGCGUGGUCGAGCCGCCCGCUGUGGAGGAGGAGGAGGAUGAGCACGGCACAGCCAGUGAGGAAGGGCAUCUCCUGUCCCUCUCAGGACCCCAACUGCACCCGCGUCGUGGAGUCCCUCUCCGCCUGGAACGACUCCGUCCUGGGAGCCUACCGGCUGGUGGACCUGCCCCCGAUCACCACCUCCGCGCCGACGGCGCAGGCGGCGCCGCACCCCUACCCCACCGUGGACGUGCCGGACCACGCCCACUACACCAUCGGAGCGGUCAUCCUGGCCAUCGGCAUCACGGGCAUGGUGGGGAACUUCCUGGUCAUCUAUGCCUUCAGCAGGAGCCGAAGUCUGCGGACACCCGGCAACAUGUUCAUCAUCAACCUGGCCAUCACCGACUUCCUCAUGUGUGCCACUCAGGCGCCGAUCUUCUUCACCACCAGCAUGCACAAGCGCUGGAUCUUUGGGGAGAAAGGCUGUGAGCUCUACGCUUUCUGUGGCGCACUUUUUGGGAUCUGCUCCAUGAUCACACUCAUGGUCAUCGCCAUCGACCGCUACUUCGUCAUCACGCGACCCCUGGCCUCCAUCGGGGUGCUGUCCCGGAAGAAGGCCCUGCUUGUCCUCCUGGCCGCCUGGGUCUACUCCCUGGGCUGGAGCCUGCCCCCGUUUUUUGGGUGGAGUGCCUACGUCCCCGAGGGCCUGCUGACGUCCUGCACCUGGGACUACGUCACCUUCACCCCCUCAGUGCGCGCCUACACCAUGCUGCUCUUCACCUUCGUCUUCUUCAUCCCCCUCAUCAUCAUCAUGUACUGCUACUUUUUCAUCUUCCGCGCCAUCCGGGACACCAACAAGGCAGUGUGUAAGAUCAGUGGAAACGGCAGCAGGGACUCCAUGAAGAAACUCCAGCGUCUAAAGAACGAUUGGAAGAUGGCGAAGAUAGCGCUCAUCGUCAUCCUCCUCUACGUCGUCUCCUGGUCCCCUUACUCUGCUGUGGCCCUGACUGCCUUCGCUGGAUAUGCAGAUUUUCUCACCCCUUACAUGAACUCCGUGCCGGCUGUGAUUGCCAAGGCCUCUGCCAUCCACAAUCCCAUCAUCUAUGCCAUCACGCACCCCAAAUACAGGUUGGCCCUCGCCCGGUACAUCCCGUGCCUGGGGGUGCUGCUGUGCGUGCAGCCCAAGGACCUCCAGUCCACCAGCAGCUUCACCUCCACCCGCCGCUCCACCGUCACCAGCCAGACCUCCGACAUCAGCGGGCAGUACCAGCGCGGCGGCGGCGGCAUCGGCAAGUGCCGCCUGUCCUCCGCCUCCGACAGCGAGUCCGGGUGGACUGACACCGAAGCCGACCUCUCCAGCCUGGGGUCGCGCCCCGCCAGCCGCCAGGUGUCCUGCGAGAUCAGCAAGGACACGGCGGAGAUGCUGGACUUCAGGCCGUCCAGCUCCCUGAAGUCCAAGCUGAAGAGUCACGACUCGGGCAUCUUCGAGAAGUCAUCCGUUGAUGCAGACGACAUCUCCGUGCCCGAAGUCGGCCAAUCGGAUCGCGGCUCGCCUCCGGCUGCCGCUGAUGUCACAGAGGGGGCGGGGCUAAGGGCCGCCGGGCGGAUCCCGAGCAUCGUCAUCACCUCGGAGUCCAGCCCCUUUCUGCCCUUCCUCAGGCCCGGCGGCCGGGCCUCCCGCACCAGGAACAGCAGCGGCGGCGGGGGCGGCGGCCUAGGGGUGGGGUCCGUGACCGUAGAGUACCAGGGGCCCGUCCCAUAGAGGUACACAAACUGGGCGUAGUCUAAAAGGUGUAUCCUCCUGUGUUGUUCUGGCUCUCCUGGUGGUGGAAUGAGCUUCCCGGUUCCCUGCCCGUGUUUCCAACGCAGACCGAAGACUCACCUCUUCACAUUGCACCAUGGCUCCCCUGACCCCUCCUCUCUAGACAACCUGUCUUUUUCUCUUUCUUUCUUCAGAUUUCCUUUUGAAUAGUGUUAGAGUUAUAGCUGUGUUAAGGACAGGUUAUCUGUCAAGUGGUACUUUCUUUAGCUGCAAUGCAAUUUGCUUUCUGUUAGGCUAACGCUACAAUACUCAUUGUUUAUUAAUGGGCCUCUGUGCCUUCUUGGUGAUACCGCAUUUUUUAUUUUAUUUAUUUUUUAUUCCUGAGGGUUACACUGAUGUUCUCCAUUUCCGUACGUCGCUCUGGAUACGAGCGUCUGCUAAAGGGAUUUUAAUGCUAUGUCAUCUCAUGCAAUGUAAUGCAAUGGCCGUCCCCCUUCACAGACGACAAGUUGUAGUCUGUAGAAUCUAUAGUCUGUGUGGCCUGCCCUGUCUCUAAGGCACUUUAAGAGCAGAGACUCUGUGCCAGCCCAACUUACUCUCUGCAAACAGGGGCUCCUGACCUCAGGGCCUGCUCCCCUUCCUUUUACGCUGAUUUGGGCUGAACUUCAUCAGGGCAUUUUUUUAAAGCAGAGCUGGAGAGCUAGAGUUGGAAAGGGGCUGUUUCUGCAGAGACGAGAGCAGAGACAGCCCUUCCAAUACCACUGGCCACAAACCCACAACGCCCCUGCCCCAUCCACCCCCCCACCGUCUCCCUCCACUGGGUACAAUUUGACUGGGGAACAAACGCCACCGGCACCUCAAGAUUGGCCUUAACGCAAAACCGAAUACUCUUCAAGCCAUUUCAGUUCAGCUCUCCGCUCCCCACCUCAGGGGUUCAGCAGCCUGUGCUGACCUAUGAGAUGCUCUCCCUGGCGACAGCUUAAAUGGCAGCCUAUGGCCUGCCAGACAAAAAGAGGCGAUGCCCUUUGACCCAGGAUGUAAUUUCUCAGGCUCACAUUCAGGAGUUGUUAAAACUAAAUUGUAAUCUCCCCAUGGUGAAUCACAAACUAUGCUAUUUUUGUCAUUUCAUUACAGGAGGGGCUGGUUAGCACCCCCCCCCCAUUCAGAUGGCAUCCUGGGCAAAACGCCUAUAUCGCCUAUGCCUAGAACCAGCCCUGAUGGUGUAUCUCAGAAAGCAUUUUGGGAGAUAUUUAGAAUAUUGUUAUGUAUAUGUAUAAUUACACGUGUCUUCAGUUUAGUUUUAGUUUUACAUGUGAGCCGUUUUUUGGUCAGAAAUGUUUUAUUUAUCUUGUUAUAGCUUUAGUUUUUGAUUGUUUUUCCUCUGCUUUACAUGGAGAUCUGUAGAAAAUGCCUGGUGUGCGUCUGUGGCAGUAUUUUCGUUAUUUAAAUGUAUAGGUACGUUUGCAUAUGCAUAAAUCAGAUUAGUAAUAAAGCAGAACUAUGUCCAAGCUGAUGUAGAAAGAUGCAAAAGCAUUGGUACCGGGAUAUGGGAAGCAAAAUAGCUCAGGUGCAAGUGGACAGCAUCAGUGACCGAUUUCUCAUCACUGUGUAUUUGCUUAAACUCAGGUGUAAUUCCCGCCUAAAUACAGAAAUUGAGUUUCAGAACUAUCCAUAUAUAUGCAUAUAUUCAAAGGAUGUUUCAAAGUGCAGUUUCUACCAACUUUUGUAUGUUUCGUGUCUUCUGUAUCGUAUAAUCAAAUCAUGCUUUCUAUGUGAUUUUCUGUUCUAUACCUGCUUUGUAUAUCAAUCUAUUUCUAUAUAAUGAUUUCUGCUGGCCUUUUGAAAGUUACUGUUCGUUGACAUGUGCUUUUGUAAUUGUGCAUUGAUGUAGAAUGUAGAAUCAAAAAUGUUCCCUGUAACACGUUUGUAAUAAAAGUACGUGCUUGUAGAUGACCUGUAUAUGACCACCUUAAGAGGAAUCACAGUGGACUGCGUGUUACAUGUUCUCUCAAUGGGUCUUAAUAGAUUAUGAAUACAUUUUUUUUUAUUAAGGCUUUAUAAAUAGAAUUGUGAUUUGUUUUUGAAUGUGAGCUCAGUUGUCGUACACGAAAAAAAACAAACAAAAAAAAAAAAACCAGCCACGACACAAAUGAAAACUAGUUUCAUUGGGCCCAGCUCUUGGAAACGUUGCCGCAACCUUAUAUAAACGGCUUCUGUCCUUUCCUUAGUGAAACCUAUCCCCUUUUUUGUCUCGACAAAUUGCAGCUGUAAAGAAGGCGCGAGCGACAUCAGUCAGGGAUUAAAUGCUCCGUUGUCGUGGCGAUGUUCCCUGAGCACUGACGUUGCGGGACGUGGGACGGGGCGUGCAGUGGCAUCUUGGUGCCCCCAGAGGGAUUUAGAGUACUUGCUCAUGGCGGGACAUGCUCAUUGGCGUCCUGCUGAGUCCCAUCACGCGGACGGAUGGCUGUGAAAUCCUUGCUUUUUUUUUUGUUUUUUUUUUUGCCACAGCAACGUUCCAAAUGUUAUCCCUUCUGGUUCUGAUCUUCGCAGGGGACCGGCCCCAUGGAAGCCAUUCAUGAGAGGCAGGAGGCAUUAGAUGCCAUUCUCGCUCUCGCUCUCGCUCUCUCUUUCUGUCUUAGGAUGCGUGUGUGUGUGUGUGUGUGUGAGUGUAUGCGAGAGGGUGUGUGUGUGUGUGUGUGCUAGAUUGAAAAGAUUGAAAAAGAAACAGUCACAUCUUGCUGCCAAGAUGACUGAUUGCCAUUCUGUUUUUUUCCUCUGGAGAUAAAUGGCUACCUUUGACAACGUACUUCUCUAGCUUUUAAAGGAUGAUACGUUCUGCUUCUCAACCAAAAGAAUUUUCAGAUGAUUUAAGUUUGAAGUUUUCAAAACACAGAAUGUUUAUACUGUAUUUGCACGUCGGUAGAACCACUGACACCCGCUCUCUCUGGACUUCAGUGCGUCUCACAGCCGUGAGAACAGCAGACUGAUGCUAAAAUAAGAGAUCCCGUCCACACGCAGUUUUCCCCCCCCCCACCCUGUCCACGCCUGUCGUUUGGAACUGGGUCAGCAUCGCCCUGAAGACCCCUCUUAUGUAAUGAGGCAGGUCUCAUUCACCACUCUGCUGAUGUGUGCCAUGGAAUUUCACACUCAACAUCCCCCCCCCCCCCCCCAACAAUCAGACAUCUUUCUGCUGAUCUGGAGGCCAUUGCAGGUGGCCCAGUCCUGGGGAACCAGGCUGAUAAGGUCAAAGGUUUUACCAGUUUGUUUCUACAGUUUUGUUUCUGUGCUACAAUGGGGGGGGGCAGAACUGUUCCACUGAUUUUCUCUUGUCAUUGUGUUCUUCUUUUUCAAUAAGGCAACACUGUUUUGCCUGCGUAGUAUUAUCUGGACAUUUACUGAUACCGUCAGGACAAUCUGGAGUGAAUGUAUCAAGGAAACGGAAAGAGUUUCUUUUGCUAAGCGUACCAAAAUGUCCCCAUUUCAAUAAACAGAAGUGCGCUUGAGAGCAGAGCUAGCUCUGCUUUCUGCUACUUCCAUAACAAUAUGAAAUAUUAUGAAAUAUGUUUCUGAAUUAAUUCAGACAUCCUGAAGCCCUCUUCAUAUGCUCAAUCAAUUGUCUAGCAGUUCUUACCGUUAUAUUUCUAGUGUACUGUACAGCUCUGAAAUUGAAAUGGAAUAUUAGGAGAAUUUGUCUGAUGGGCAACUUUGAAGGAAUGCAAGCAUCUCUUUGGUGGGGGGCAGCUAGCAUGUAUACGUGAACAUAAAUAAAUGUACUGAACAUAGGAAUAAGAUUUUUAUUGUACAUUAUCGUACUGUACAACGUCUUACCGUGUUGUUUUUAUUUAUUUUUCUAAAUAAAGCCAAUGCUAUGUUACCCAA